AUGGACCUUCCAAAGAAUUUCAUUCCUCCUUCUCCUCCAGCCUCGGCUGCUUCUCCCGCACCUACAACCACCUCAUUCACAGGCCAAAAUCCCGAUUUACCCACCCCACGUUCACAUCGCUUGAGACCGGGCUCUCCCAAGGAGAUUGCCCUCAUCAACUACCUUGAUGAUAAGAUACUCAGGAUCACACGGAGAUAUGCCAAAAAGUUCAGUGAUGAGAUGACAUCGAAAGAUGACGCUCCAGGUUAUACCACCUAUGAUGAGUUCGUCGCGGACGUAGACCCUCUCGUGGAUGUUGCCUGGGUUAGUGGAACGCCAACUCUCCAAGUCGCCUACCUGCUGUCACUAGCCGGCCUCGUCUGCUCUUAUAUGCCCGCUUUCCCAUUUUCAACGGCAGUGUUUUAUAUUACCGGAAAACUUGACCGAGGCUUUACUUCGCUCCUGCAAUCCUCAUCAACCAACAGCCCUGAUCCAGCCGCCGCUUACCAUGUCUCAAUGACUGAAAAGGUUCGAAUAAAAUCCUUGGUCGAAGAAACUCGCAUAACAGCUGUGAAUGUUACAUCCUCCAGCGGGCUCUCAACCAAGGUCGUGGAUGUUUCCGAAUUGGAGACAGAAGAGGAAGAGGAAGAAGACACUGAUGAUACCAACCUGGAGCAAGGUCCUCAAUCAAACAAUAUCUCAAGAUCUCUUGCUCUCUCAAAGAUCUACAAGCGAACUUUGGAGAUUUUGGGAGAUUCUUUGGAUACCAGCGCGCUCCUCAGCGAUCAAGAAAUGAGAGAUGCUCCAAUGACCGAAAGAAAAGCAGAAGAAUGA